GUUUGGGCUGCUGUCAGAACUAUGAUGGGUCUCAGACCAGCCCAGCCUCAUUCCGGUCUAAGGAGCCUCUGGUCCUGAUCUACAAACCUGCUGCUGGAACCGGAUUGAUCCUGCAGAGGAGAGUCCGAGCCGAGCCGAGCCGAGCCGGACCCGAACCCGAACCGAGCCCCUACACAGACAGAGACCAGACAGGCUGCUUCAUCUCCUGCGGAGCCGGAGUCUUCCUCCCGGAUAAUCUGACCCAGGACCAGUGAUGAAGGCCCACCUUUCAGUGUUUGUGUGAUAUCUACAGGGACUCGAACCUGCGAGGUGGAUCCAAUAUGGCCGCUGUGGGUGGAGCUUCAUUAACAGUGUGUCUGUGUGUCCUGCUGCUGCCUGCUGUCACUGGUCUACAGUCAGAGGACAGACAGUGUGCCUUCAGUGACCAGCUCCAGGGGGCGGAGCCUCACAAUGGACCGACCAAUGAGCUCCGAGGAGUGGUGCGAGAAAAUGGCACGGUUCGCUGUAUCCGUGGCUCCCGCUGCUAUGGAUUGUGGGAAAAGAGACCAGAUGGGGAAAUACACCUGGUCAAGCAAGGCUGCUGGACUCACAUCGGAAACCAGCAGGAGUGUCAUGGCGCCCGCUGCCUGGUGACGGCGACGCCCUCUCAGAUGCAGAGCGGCAGCUACAGGUUCUGCUGCUGCAGCCGAGACCUCUGCAACGCCAACUUCACGGAGGCCCCGCCCACCGCCGACACCCCCGCCCUGAGGCCGGUGAUGACAGACGGGCAGGGCGUCAUCGCCACAGAUCACCAGCCGCUGCGGCAGGAGGACACGGUGCUCAUCGCCCUGGUAACCGUCGCCAUAGCAGCCAUCGUUAUUGUGGCGUUGUUCCUGGGAUACCGCAUGAUGAAAGGAAAGCAAAAACACAGUCUGUCGGCUCUGGAUGUGAUGGAGGCUGCAAACUCAGAUGCUGCUGUUGACCUGGAUCACCUGAAGCUACUGGAGUUGAUUGGUCGAGGGCGUUACGGCACGGUGUUUCGUGGUUGUCUUAACGACCGCUGCGUGGCCGUCAAACUCUUCAGCUCCACCAACCGUCUGAACUUCUGCAGCGAGCGCUCCAUCUACUCGCUGCUGCAGCCGCACGACAACAUCGCUCGCUUCCUAAGCGCCGACGAGAGGACGGCGGCCGACGGGCGGCCGGAGUUCCUGAUCCUCAUGGAGUACUACCCUCUAGGCUGUCUGUCUCGCUACCUGUCUGUCCACACAGUGGACUGGUCUACCUGCUGCAGGAUGACUCACGGUGUGACCAGAGGACUCGCCUUUCUGCACACUGAACUGUACAGAGGAGACCAGUAUAAACCAGCGGUGGCCCACAGAGACGUGACCAGUAGGAACGUCCUGGUCCGGGCCGAUCGGUCCUGCGUCCUUGCCGACUUCGGUCUGUCCAUGAGGCUGACAGGAAGUCGUCCCUGUCGGCCCGGAGACGACGACACCGUGUCCAUCUCUGAGGUGGGGACCGUGCGCUACAUGGCUCCGGAGGUUCUGGGUGGAGCUCUGAACCUCCGGGACUGCGAGUCGGCUCUGAAGCAGGUGGAUGUUUACGCUCUGGGGCUCCUCUACUGGGAGAGCUUCAGGAGGUGCUCACACCUGUCCCCAGGUGAAGCAGUACCAGAGUACCAGCUGGCGUUUCAGGCUGAACUGGGGAAUCAUCCCAGUUUUGAAGAGAUGCAGAUCCUCGUCGCCAGAGAGAAAUUCAGACCCAGAUUCCCUGAAACCUGGAAGGAGAACAGUCUGGCUCUGCGUUCCCUGAAGGAGACGAUGGAGGAUUGUUGGGACCAGGACGCUGAAGCUCGACUCACCGCUCAGUGUGCAGAGGAGAGACUGUGGGACCUCACACUGCUGACUACACACAACCACAGGAACCCGUCUCAGGGCCACUGGCCUCCUCAGGAGGAUCUCCAGGUGGGCGUAGUCAAGAAUCUCCAGGGAGAUGGCAACCCAGCAGGUGCAGCAGAAGGUUCUGAAAGGAACAGAAACUCCAUCAACUACGAGCGGCAGCAGGCCCGCUCGUCCACUACAGACAGCAAUGUGACACCCACCUCCACCCUCUGCACCAUCUCUGAGUCUGGUGUCCCCGUGUCCACUGCCCCCAUCUGUUUGCAGCUGACAGAAGAAGACCUGAAGGCCAUCAAACUGGACCCCAACGAGGUUGAUAAGAACUUGAGAGAAAGUUCUGAUGAAAACUUGAUGGAACAUUCCCAGAAACAGUUUGGUUCCACGGAGCAACGGCCUGCCAGCCUGCUGUGCCAUCAGAUCCUCCAGACUGAGGUCAACACCUCUGUGCUGGUUCUUCAGGGCGAUCAGGGGGUCGUUGGCCGGGUCGACACCCAUCCUUCCUCCUCUGGCUACCCCCUCCGCAAACAGCAGAACCUGCCCCAGAGGCCCACCAGCCUCCACCUUCUCCACAAAACCAAGGACAGCAGCUCUCGACUGAAGCUGGGGAAGCUCAAGUCAAACCACAGACAGGUGGAAACAGGUGUUGCUAAGAUGAACACGGUAACAGUGGCCCUGGCUGCAGAGCCCCACCAGGUAACGACGGUGACCAACAACACCAGCACCAGAGGUGGCGAAACUUGUGAACGACCCUUUAAGUUUGUGGUCGCCAACGGCUCCAGCGCCAGUGUUCCCAUCCUGGUGACGAACGGCGUGACAGGAGGAGGUCAAACCAAUCCGGCGGGGCCACAGCUGGAGGACGAGGACAAGAUGGAGGCGGGAGGGGUCGGAGUACAGGACGACCGAUGCAUGAACCUGCUCAACUCCAGUCCAGAUGAACAUGAGCCACUGCUGAAGAGAGAACAGCCGCCAGCAGAGAGCGAGCCCCUUCCUCAUCUGCAUCAUCAUCGUCAGUCACAAGCUGGGUCGGGACAAGACUCAAACUACAAUAACAACAACAACAACAAGACGGCGUUUGGAUCAGAAGGGAAGAUCCAGGUUUUAAAGGUUGAACAUGAUUCAGAAGUCCGUCAGGAUAGGAGCAUCAGCAGUGCGAAACCUGAGCCACAUCUGGCAGGACGAGCUCCAUCGGACCAGGACCCAGCACCACAGGAUAGAGGGUACGGUUCAGACGCAUUCCCAUGUGUCAAGAGAGCCUGUUUAGUAGAACCAGUACUGACCUCUGAACCCUCCAGAAGCCCAAAGAUGGUCCACUCUCAUGCAACAGCACUGGUACCAGACCAUUCAGUUUCACUGCCAGUCCCAGAGGCCCUAGGAUCCCCAGCUUCACAAGCGAAAGGCCCGAACACCUCAACCUCAUUUUCAACAGCCCUAGUUUCAGAUGCCCUAACUCUUGGUCCAGAAAUACAAGCUUUAAAAUCUCCAGACUCAGAUCCAGAAGCUCCAAUCGUGAAUCCAAAAGCAUCAGUUUUAGAGGUUCAAGUCUCAGCAAAUCAACAUUCAGGAACCCCAGCAGAGGCUUCAGUUCUAGAACCUGGACCUCUAGAAAUUCCAGCCUUAGUCCCUGGAACUCAAGGUGUGCUGCAGACCCAGAUAGGACCGGCCAGAGCCAAGAGGCGUGAGCGUCCCUGUUCCCUGGACCUGUCCUCGCCCUCCUCAGAGGAUGUUUCCCUGACGGAUAAUGAAAGUCUGAGCGUUUCAGGAGAGAAAAUAAAACGACGUGUCAAGACUCCAUACACCCUGAAAAAAUGGCGUCCGGCCUCAUGGGUCGUUUCCACGGACACGGCUACCGACCCAGACUUCGGGUUUAACACCCGUGUCGGUAGCAGCAGCCAGACCCAUUUACCUUCUGGUCUUCACCGAGCAGGAAGCAUCGGCAUCCCCAAAAUCAAUCAAUCCAAAUCCAGCAUGGCUGUGUUUCUGGUCGGCGGCGGAGCCACGGCGACCACGACCUCCGAGCCCGAUGGAGUGACCUCCUUCUAAAGUUUGAUUUAAAGGAGAGCAGAUUCAUUAUUUCACUUCUUUGUCUUCCUUCUCUUUUGUUGUGGAAAAUGGAGUUCUGACUGCCGCACCAUUCGGCUUCCCCACCACCAAACUGAACCUCGAGCUGAAUCUGAAGCGCGUGGCGUCAACCAGAGGAGCUACUUGGAUGUCUAGUUGUUUCUACAUGCCCUUGAUUCUGCUGGACAACCUUUUGAAGGACUGUUUUGUGGCCCAGUCUGGCAACCGCUUGACCUCUGACCCCAUCUGUGGAGCAUGAACACCCAUGAUGUCCACGUUGUAUGUCUGUUGGUGGUGUCUAGAUGAUUGGCUUCUGUUGCGAAUAGUUUUCGUGGCCAGUGGCCAAUUAUGUACAGGUAAGGCCUGGACCCUACCUGGGCAACAAGUUUACCCAGAAGGCCAAUAAAGAACGUUCAAGCUCCUACGUGGGUAUUGGGUUUGGUAGGUAAGUGUUGACGGACCUUAAAAAUCCCCCAAUCUCUUCCAGUCUUACUUGUAGACGGAUCCCGUUGUGCUUGUGGGUAUGACCUUGAUCUAAAGACCUCAACAUGUGUUUCAGGUGGUCUGGUGAAGGAAGCUGGUUCCCGGUAGAUAUUUGGGCUCCUGCUGUGACUCAGUAUGUGGCUUAUAGAAGGUACAGAGGAUUGGGUCAGUUAUAUAUUUAAAGCACUUAAAAACAAAGGUAGCAUUAUUUAGAGACAGAAGUAACAGGGAUAGUUAAUUAGGAAUCUCUUUUACAGUUUCUGUAUGAUUUGCUUGAAACCUUUACUCUAUGCAGUCAGCUCACGAGGCCUCGAUGGAUCAACACAUUGACUCCAUGAUUGUUGAGGGAUCUUUAUUCUCUAGUUUGCACUCUUUUAACUAGUUAUUUAACCGCCAAGUGAGAGGAAGUGCAGAAGAAAGGAAGAGAUGAGCCUCGUCCAACCUCCUCAGGAACCUUCACAGUUAUCAUUAAAACUAUGGAAACAGGACAGAAGGUGAAUGACGGUUGGGCCAACUGAUGAAAUACGCCUUCAAACACCUCCAAAGCGGUCUUAUACAUGUACACAUGUACACAUGCCCUUAUGUACGUGUACUAUGUAUACACAUACAUGUACACAUGUUGUAUUGUGUUCAUCACCAAUCACAGAGUCAGAUUUGUGUUUAAAGAAGUCAAAAGUCUGAUCCACUCGGCGUCUGUUGGUGUUCAUUUCUAACCCCGGUCCGGUAAAUCCUUCAUCUUCAGAGGAUCCGACAAGUGAAGCUCUGUUUGAAAAGUGGAUCCAUGAAAUGUAUAAUGAUGGUAUUCAUUCGGUAGCACAUUCCUACAAUGCCAGGUCUGUUUUAAUGAGUUUAAUUAAACAUUUUUAAAAGAAAGAACCAGGACUGAAUAAAAAGUCACUCCAUUUUCUGCCUUUUUAUAUUUACGUUUUUAAAUGGCUGAUUUCAUAAAUGGAAGUUGUGAGCUGAUGGCUUAUAUGCGACACACCUGUAACUGCUCCUUUUAAUUACAAUAAUUAUCCUUAUUAACAUUUAGAGAAUAGAACACUUCUGUAUCUGUAUCAGAUCUGUAUUUUAUUUUCAUGUUUAUUGUUAUUUUCUCAACAUAAAUAUGAUCAUACUGUUAUUUUACAUUCAGUGGACUUUAAGAUUUAAAAUUUAUUUCUGUUUUGUUAUUUUUCGAUUUGCUACCAUUUGUACUGUUUUUAGAUUUGUACACAUGAGAAUUAUUAGUUUUACAUGUAAACGUGUGAAGGCUGAUGUGUGUGGUUCAGCUGGUCCUGGUGUAGCUGGUCCUUGUUCAGCUAGUCCUGGUGUAGCUGGUCCUUGUUCAGCUGGUCCUGGUGUAGCUGGUCCUGGUGUAGCUGGUCCUUGUUCAGCUAGUCCUGGUGUAGCUGGUCCUGGUGUAGCUGGUCCUUGUUCAGCUAGUCCUGGUGUAGCUGGUCCUUGUUCAGCUAGUCCUGGUGUAGCUGGUCCUGGUGUAGCUGGUCCUUGUUCAGCUGGUCCUGGUGUAGCUGGUCCUUGUUCAGCUAGUCCUGGUGUAGCUGGUCCUGGUGUAGCUGGUCCUUGUUCAGCUAGUCCUGGUGUAGCUGGUCCUGGUGUAGCUGGUCCUUGUUCAGCUGGUCCUGGUGUAGCUGGUCCUUGUUCAACUGGUCCUGGUGUAGCUGGUCCUUGUUCAGCUGGUCCUGGUGUAGCUGGUCCUGGUGUAGCUGGUCCUUGUUCAGCUAGUCCUGGUGUAGCUGGUCCUGGUGUAGCUGGUCCUUGUUCAGCUGGUCCUGGUGUAGCUGGUCCUUGUUCAACUGGUCCUGGUGUAGCUGGUCCUUGUUCAGCUGGUCCUGGUGUGGCUGGUCCUGGUGUAGCUGGUCCUUGUUCAGCUAGUCCUGGUGUAGCUGGUCCUGGUGUAGCUGGUCCUUGUUCAGCUGGUCCUGGUGUAGCUAGUCCUGGUGUAGCUGGUCCUUGUUCAGCUAGUCCUGGUGUAGCUGGUCCUUGUUCAGCUAGUCCUGGUGUAGCUGGUCCUUGUUCAGCUGGUCCUGGUGUGGCUGGACCUUUAUAAUCUGAUCUCAGAACUCAGCCGGUCUUCAGCUCCCCUUGAAGUGGUCUUCGCUUUAGCUCCAAACCCAGAUGUGUAAUGAGUGAACACCUGAGCCUCCAGCUCGCUGAUGAUCCCUUUAAUGUAAAAGCUGCUCUCAUCGUCCCCAUAGAGCUCAAUGGAGAGAAACCACGUUCAGCAUCCUGCAUGAAACACAAGUUUGAUUAUUCCUGCCGAGUCUUCAGCGAUUUGUUUUCUAAAAAAUAUUUCAGAUGCAGCGUAUUCGUGAUUAUUGUGUCUGGUGUUGGAUCUGCUGUCUAUGUCUUUUAUCCAUUUGUAAAAUGUAUACGAUAGUUUUGACUUUCCAGUGGUGUAAAUACUCUAUUACAUUAUUACACAUUGUAUACUUUCAUAUGGGACCAAGUACCACCUCUAGUACUACUGUUGUGUUCUGUGUACUCUGAGUAUGUCGUACAAUCAGACGCAUGCUGUAAACACAAACAUCAGCGCUGAAGGUCGUCACUGAAUAAAGAGCAGAGCAUC